GAUGGGAUAUGCACUCACCAGUCACUACCAUUUAUAAAUACACCCCCUCUUCUCUUCCCUUCAUUUCAUUAAGCAUAUAUAUAUAUGUUACUAAUUUACACUGCUCUAAUUAUUUAAGUGAAAUUUUCAACACAUAUAUACUAGUAGUUUGGUGUGGUGAUGAUGAUGAUGAUGGAGAAUUUGUGCAAUGUAAUGCAAGGUUUAAAGCCAACUUUGUUAAUGAUAAUGGUGCAAAUAGCAUUUGCUGGUGUUAAUCUUCUUUACAAGCUCGCUGUUAAUGAUGGCAUGAACUUAAGGAUUGUUGUUGCUUACCGUUUUAUAUUUGCAACUGCUUUCAUUGCUCCUCUUGCUUUCUUUCUUGAAAGGAAGAAGAGGACAAAGAUGACUUGGACGAUACUGUUUCAGUCUUUUCUUUGCGGUUUGUUUGGAGGAGCAUUAGCUCAAAACUUCCACUUAGAAGCCAUGGCUUUAACUUCGGUAACAUUUACAUCCGCAAUGGCUAACCUUGUACCUGCUGUAACCUUUAUCAUGGCCCUUUCCUUUGGUAUGGAAAAAUUAAAUUUGAGAACGAAAGCAGGGAAGGCAAAGAUAAUAGGUACAAUGACUGGAAUUGGUGGGGCAAUGAUAUUGACAUUUGUUAAAGGCAUUGAAAUCAAGAUAGGUUCAUUUCACUUAAACCUUUUGCAUCACAAAAACGGCGUCGUUGGAUCGAACACACAAGCUACUAUAUCCACUGGUAAUGCCAUUUUGGGCUCUAUAUGUGCCUUGGCCAGUACCAUCUCUUAUGCAUUAUGGCUUAUUAUUCAUGCAAAAUUUAGUGAAAAGUACCCAACUCAUUACUCAAGCACAGCAUUGAUGUCAUUUUGGGCAUCACUAAUUUCCAUUGUGUUUGCUCUAUGCUUUGAAAGGGAUUUAAGUGAAUGGAAGUUGGGUUGGAAUAUUAGGCUAAUAACUGUUGCUUAUGCGGGUAUAGUGGUUUCAGGAGUAAUGAUAGCUGUAACUUCAUGGUGUGUGCAUAUGAGAGGUCCAUUGUUUGCCUCUAUUUUUAACCCUCUAAUGCUUGUUAUUGUGGCAUUGGCUAGUUGUACCAUGUUGAAUGAGAAGCUAUACCUUGGAACCAUUAUUGGAGCAAUGUUGAUUGUAUGUGGGUUGUAUGUGGUUUUGUGGGGUAAAAGUGAAGAGAUGAAGAAAAAAAACCAAUUAGUGCCAUCACAAAGCUCUAAUAAAUUUGGCACAGUUGAUAUAAUUGUAGAAGAUAAAAACAACCAUAAUAUUCGCAAUGGUCAAUCUCAAAGUAAAUAUGUUACAAGUGGUUAAGGAUUAAUGAAGAUUCACAAUAAGAAGAAGAACAUCAAGGGCAAGAUGAACAUGUAUGUAUGUACAAGAUCGAGGAAAAUGAGAAAAAAUUGUUCGUAAUGACUAAGAUUUAUAUCAAAUUACUUUAUGUACCAAACUCCUACAUAUAUAGGCCCAAAAUGCUUCUGCUACUAGUGAAACACUGGAAAUUAGAGAGCAUAAGAGUGUUUAAUUGGGUGGAGUUUUACACAUAUAAUUGGAAUUAUUUUAAUUGAACUGCUUAGAUUUAUAUAUCUCUUGGUUGUUAACGAUGUUA